UUCAACAAUGCACCAACAAUCACACACACUGGUCUACCUUUGAAAAACUGAACUCUUUCACAUGGUUUCCGCAUACGUCAGUCGUCAGAUCGGCCAUUAGGCCUACAUGUACACUGAGGAUAUUGUACGUGAUGACAAGUCGUUCAUUUGAUUCUACCCUGCAUAGCCGCACAUUCUGUGUAAUCAGUGUUCGAGAGUUUUGUACCAUCGUGAGCAAAUACCUCAGUCGAAAUCAAGAAUUAGACCAGUUGAGCAUCACGUACGGUAGUCCACUUGUUGAAUUCAUUGUGACUUCUGGGUAUGGAGCACGAACGUCUGAAAACAUUUGCAGACACUGAACAUCUCCACUCAGGCAACCUUACCCUAGGCGAUCAAAAGAAGGAUGGAAUGCAGAUAUCCUUUAAGGAUAAAAGUCGCCGAUUCUAUGUUUUGAGAUGUUUCCGCCAGAAAUUUCUCACUUUGAGUGGUUACAAGAACAUGAAGGAAUAUAAAGCACCUUCUGGAGGUCACCAUAAGACGGUGGAACAGAUUGUUGUGUCACAAAAUGCUAAGAUUCUCAGCAUGCAGCUACCAUCCAAGAAACACAAAGCGUCUCAUGUGCUUUGCAUAAUCCAAGACAAACAAACUGUGUAUUUAGAAGCAGAUACAAGUGAGGACUUAACUGCCUGGUGCGAUGUCUUUAACGACAUUUUCAUUCGUCUGGGCUGGAAGCAACCCCCGUCUUCCCCUCCACCCUCACCUGCGCCUCCGCCGCCUGAUCGGCCAGCUUCUUCAGAUGACAAAGUUCCAAGCCGAAGGAAAGUGAAGUCAGGACCACUCAGAGGCAGCACUUUUGAACUGUUCCAGAAUGGUGAGGAGUCUAAUCAGUUACGCUUCUCUUCACCCCCGAUAAACAUCACAGAUGGCGGCUCGGCAGCAUCAGCCUUUGACUUUGAACGUCCAAAGAGUUCUCAGGCUGAGUACUUCAAGGAAUUUUAUUCCUUCUCAGAAACUGCAGAUUUCGCGGGAUACGUGAACGUACACAAGGUCGUGGACCGUCACGGGUUGCAUGAAAAUAGCCAAAUGCACGAGGAGCGUGUGGUCGACAUGCCAAACAUUGGUUAUGUAAACCUAAGAGGGAAAGAACAGCACCACGAACGUGUACAUCCUGGGCCUCCUCCAUCACUGCCACCCAGACCAAAUCGACAUAAAAGGGGCAACACAUUCCCAGGGACUCAUCUCCCAACACAUGACUCAUCAGUCAAUCAGUACUCUACGAACUCUGGCGAUGAUGUUAAUGAUGAUACUCGCCCCGUUCGUGCCAAUAGUGAGCACACUCCUAAGAUCAGCGUGAAUGAGUCUGAGCCUCCUAUUUCGCCUUUGACUAGUAAGAGGUUUCUACAUUUGCACGAAGAUUCUGACGUCAAUCGCAAGAUUUCUUUGCCGCAGCCACUUAACAGUAAACCUAGACGCCUUGGCAUUGUAGUUCCUCCUUGCACCAUGUGUAUUUCACCUCCUGACUCUCCUGUUAUGUUGCGAAAGACUGGGUCCUACUCCAAUCUGUCGCUCAAUCUCUCCAGUAGACCACUGCCUUCACCAGUACAUGGCGACUCCUUUGAUGUCAACACGCUGCGUUGGGAGAUGAGCCAUAAAGACGGCUUUCCUAUCGUCUUGAAGAAGACUGAUUUACAGGAUGCACUGGGACUUGUACGAAUAGCCGAUUUUGUAUGGAUUGCCGGUUGGAAAGCAGGGAAAUCUGAAGUAGCCAACAAACUUCAUGUUGGAGAUCAGCUACGGCAGGUCAAUGAACAAAUAGUUGUUGAUCCGUCGGUCAGCAAUUCACUGUUUGCGACAUCUGCUGUAGAUGAGAUAUUGCUGGUUAUCAAACGGUUACCUCACGCCAAAGUACGUAACCUUCACCGAUCUUCGGUGGACGAAAGCUGGGGGCUUGAAGUCGAAGGCAACAGGGUGCUAAACGUUUCUAAAAGUGGACCUGCAGCAGAAGCUAAAUUAACAACUCGAGCCCAGGGUGCGUUUAGCGAGAGGUUGUGUGACUGGAUCAUUACAGAGAUAAACGGGGAACCAGUGUCAUUACUCAGCAAAAAAGACCAGGUCAAGGUUCGAAUGGAUAGUGCUGGUCUCCAAAUGACGCUUGUCAUCCAACCUGAUGAUUUCAUCAAGAAACUUAACUCGGAGCUACAGAAAGUCAGAUUCGCCCACGAGUACUUUCUCGGGCCGGACAGCCAAGACCAAUGACCAUAGCUGGGGAUUAACUUUGCCAAUGCUUUCGUUUCAUUUACAGCCAUACAGCAAAGACUAAACGUAAAACAAAUGGAAAACUUCCGAGACGCUUGGUGGCAGCACUCAUACCGGUCCAACAAGUCCAUUGUUGUUUCUGUCACUUUUUAACUAAUGUGCGCAUUUUCAUUAUGAUGCAAACAGUAGAGGACAUGUCACUUGGGACCUUAAACAUCAAAUACCCAUUAUUCCACUGUACUAAAUAAACGCUCAAAGAAAACAAAGCAUAAUCGGUUAGAAACAACGGGUGGCGCUCUUUUGAAGAUUGUAGCCGUGCAUGUUUACUGGAAAUUCAAGAUUAUGCUCUUAAAAUCAAUUUUCUUUUUAAUUUUGUAAAAGUUAAACACGAAAAUGAAUAUUAACAGCCUUUCCCCCAAUAUACUCCCCUCAAAUAUUAGUCAAGCUCCACGCUCAGGUCUGAAUGUACCCCCUCCUCUAUUCACAGUCCUACAAGUGGAGGUUUUUGUGGACGAAAUGCCCGGAAUUGAAAGCCACAAUUCGUGAGAAACAUCUCUUCGAUCGGUCCCGAUAAUGUAUCAGAAAAUAUAAAUUACUUCGUGUAAUGCACCUCCGUAGACCGACAACAAGACCGUAAUUCCAGGGAAGGCGCCAUUUGUAAAACAAUGACAAACUGCUACAUCAUCCCCAGGGAUUACUUUAUUUGGUGCACUUCUAGGAAAAGUGAUGAACGACGUUGGAACAAACUAUGGUAAAUGAGUCCAACAAACAUUAGGCUUACAGGUCAUUGCGCGUCUUCCAACGUUUUCAUCGUUUCUCCACGCAUUCAGGUAACAAUUGUAGCCCGUUUCAUGACAACAGAAGAAAGUCCAGAACAAGACUCUCAAAGGGUAAACCUAUUUUGGGAGCACAUUUAACACGAAAAGACUGAAUUGUACAAAGGUGAAAUCAUGAUCAAUUCCAGACAUCUGUGUUAUUUAAUGACGAUUAAUCAAAGUUUACCAGUAAAUUGUGAUUUGACAUACGUUUUCUCGAGUUCAUCUGUAAGGGCGCCGAGAAUGUUUUCCAAAACAUUAAAUAAUUCGCGAAUUUUAAUAAGCACGAAGUUGAGGCUAUCAAUAAGAAUAGUAGUGAACUUCAAUAUGAAGAAAUCUUAUGGUUCUUGGUAUUUAUCGAGGUUUAUUGAAUGCACGCAAUGAAUAUAGAUGGCAGUGGAAGUGUUACAAUCUCUUGAGAUCGAAAGAACCAGCGCGUUUUUGCAAAUAUUGAACAAUAGCAAAACUAUUCAUCAUGUACCUAAACACAAAAAGUUGAAGUCACCGUUGGUUGUGUUUAUUCCAAGUUUCCGAUUUGUGUCACGCAUUCCAACAUCGCUGUAUUUUGUCCUCUGUUAAACUACUUCCUCCCACGGUUUUAUGUUUAGUCGGGCCUGGUCAAAUUUUCGGCACCUAGACGUUUAUUUUAUAUAGACGUUGUUGGUAUUGGUAUUUUUGACCGAUUUGUUGCUACCAAGCGUCUCAGUAGUCCUCCAUUGCAUAUAAAAGGAUCUCUUGAUUCAGUAGUAAAAUAAUCCAAACAAAACACAACAAAAACUCACCACAAAGAAACUUCAGAAAGGUAGUGUGGAGAAAGGUUAGUUAUUAAUACAAUAAUAAAUGCGUAUACACCCCGGUACAUGCCAUGUAUGUACCGUAGUAGAUAUGUUAUUGUACAUCUCACUACAACUGGAGCUGUGUUUAUUUUUUUUCUUCCGAUGCAGGCUGUUUCUCAUGGUUUUUUUUUGGGGGGGGGGUUAAGGUUUUAUUUGCUUUUGUUUUAAUUUCUUUGUGAGGUUUGUGUUUUUAUUCUCCCUGCGCGAAUAACCUGUUCUCUCCAUAUCAAUGGGAACAUUAAUUUUUGUAGUUACACGUAUCUGAAAACGCUUCCCGAAACAUUGUUGAAAUAUCAAAAAAUGUUGAUACCAAAAACAACAGCAACUUUGCCCUGAGAAUAGAUCACAGUGUAUAGAUUAACAGAUGUUAUCCACUGAUUAAUAGUUUGAGUUGUAAUAUUAAAACGUAGCAAGAUGACGUUUUGAGGA